UUUUAGGUUAUAUUAUUAAGAGAGUUUAAAGUUCUAUUUGAUUACAUAAAUAUUUCGUAUUAUUAAUAAAUGAAGUUGUAUUCUUCCAAAUUUCGACAAUUUCUAGAGAAAUGGCCGGGAAAAAAUUAUUUUGGCAUGUAUAGAUUUCUACCAAUAUUUUUUGUAUUGGGAGCAGCUCUAGAAUUCUCUAUGAUCAAUUGGCAUGUUGGUGAAGUGAAUUUUUAUAGAACAUUUAAAAGAAGACAAGCCAGAAAUAUAAUUGAACAGGAGAUUCAAUCAGAACAGACUCACAGUGUUUAAAAUAUUAAAAUCAGCAUAGGACUAUUUAAUCAUGCCUGCUGGUGUUAGUUGGGGAAGGUAUGGAUUGUUUACUGUAGCAGCUUUGUUGUCUAUGAUGGCAGGUUCCCAAGCAGUCCAUAUUUAUUACAGACCUUUGUCAGAUAUGAAUAAGUAUAUAGAAGAAGAGAAAGCUAAAUUAAAAGUAGUAAAUAGAUGACAAUUUUUGUUACUUUUUUUGUAAAUUGUGUUGAAGUAAUUAUUGUAAUAUAGUUAUACAUAUGUUUUGGUUAAUUAAAUGUACAGUAUAUACCCAUUA